AUGACCACACUACCACACAGUUACGGAACACUAAACUCCCAACCGCCCGAGGAACCAAACAAUUGCCCCAACGAACACGACUCAGAAAAUACAACCAGAUUAUCCACGAUUCAAAUAGUGGCACUGGUUGCGAUCUGUUUAACUCACAUUGGAGAUGCAGUGGAGAUCUACCUGCCAGCUAUCCUAACUCAGGAGAUCAGUUGUGAUCUGCUGCUGAGUGGGACCCAGCAGGGGCUGCUGAGUGUCGUCUUCUACUCCUUCUAUGCGGCAGGUUCUUUUAGUUCAGGCUGGUUUGCUAACAAAAUAGGACGACGAAUAACCAUCAUCAUCUCUCUGGGACUUUCAUUCCUGGUCUCCACUCUUGCGGCUCUUUCUCACGAAUUCUGCAUACUCCUUAUCUCUCGAGCCGCUACGGGGGUCCUCGUGGGAUCAAACUACGGCAUCACAAACCUCUACUGGGCUGAGAUAUCACCAACAGUGAAGAUAAAGAACUUGGGGCUGUUGUUAGCAAGUCUGUGUUUUAGUCUAGGGGCCGGGUACACGUCUCUGUUGGCGUACUACAUUCUGCACCAUGUUGGGUGGAGGACCUUCUUUGUCCUUUGUUCCCUGCCCCUCUUCCUAUUUCCACUAGCUGCUUUCAUUUUCUACCUACCUGAAACUGAUACGUAUCUGAACUCUAGAAAGUAUUCAGUGUCCAUGGAGAAUGGUAAAGAUGAUGGAGCAAAUGAAGAUCUAAAUCCAGACAAAGAAUCUGGAGCGUCAAAUUCUCUUAAAAUGCUGAUAUUUCUGCUCUCUUUGACAUACUUGGUGAACAUAGCCCAAGGUUGGGGUCUCAUUUUGUUUGUUCCUGAAGUCUACAACAAAUUCAACAAGUCUCUUGGUACAAACGUUGAUAACUGUAACGCAAUAUUCGGGUACCAGUACUUGAAAAUGAGCCUGAUAUCGGGACUGGGCCCUAUUGGAGCCAAGUUGGGAGCAUACUUGGUGCAAAUGUUUGCUCCUCUAUCUGUUUCUAUGUUGUGCUCCUCUCUUGUCAGCACAAUCUCCUUCGUCCUGCUAGCUACCACACACGGAGGACUAGAGACAACGGAUAUGUUCAUGGGAGUGAUCAAGGCAGCAUUUGCUUAUCUGAACCUCAGUUUGUGGAUCUACAUGAUGAGUACGCUAGAUGGACCCCUCAAGACCAUUGCGAUCGUCAUUAUUGACGGUUCGAGCAAGUUUGGAGCAUUGUUUGGUAGCGCUGCAGUGGCUUUCCUUCCCGUAGACACUGUCAUCGUUAUUAUGAGUGUUCUAGGGGUGGUUCAGAGCGUAGCUGUAGCUUUUCUUUGUUUGAAAAAGACAAAUUUAAGUGAAUAGUUACCUAUCAUUAUUAAUAAGUUAAUUUGACCAAAACCCAUAAUUGGGUAGAGUGGACCGCUGCCAGUGUCUCUCUUUCCGAAACAAAAGGAAGUGAUAUUUAUUUGAAUGACCGUUCUCAAAUGCAAAAUGAUACCGAGAAUAAAGUCGGUCGUUCGCUUUUCCCAUUCAUUCACGGCUUACGAAUUGUAAUAAGUUUUGGUUUAUGACAUCAAUCACACUCGUGAAAAUCUCUUGGAUUGCUUUCGGGCCGAUGCUUAGUACUUCGGGAUAAGGGCAGUAGUUAGUGUCCAAUUAGCUAAUGUUUAUUGAAUCGUUAUUGCCGAAUGCAGCUGCCUUCUUAAUAUAUUACAAUUUUAAAUGAAUGGGAAAGGCGAGCGACCGAUUCCAUUCUCAGUAUCAUUUUGCAUUUACGGACGGUCAAUCAAAAUAAUAUGAUUUCCUUUUGUGUCGGAAAGAGAGACACUGGAAGCGGUCCACUCUACCCAACUAUGGGUUUUGGUCAAAAACAUAUCCAUUUAAGACAACAAAGCUGGAUUAUAAAUCAAGCUACGCAAUCAGUAAUACGUGCGAUAAGACAUUGUACCAUUUAAAAUUUGUAUUCCUCUGUUAUACCUUGCUUAAGUUCCAAUACAUUGUGCGACGAAAAAUUUGGGCGGCCUUCUCGCCCAAAUCUUUCACGCCAAUUAAUUGCACCCACAUUUUCUGUGGACCGAAAACUUUGUCAGCUAAAAUUUGUGCAUUUUAACUUUACUCUUUAUAUCUUUAGUUAAAUGAUUUUAUGUCGGAUUCUAUUAAUAUUAUAGAAUUAAAGUUUAUUUCAAAUGUUUAUGUUUUUCA